AUGUUCAUUGGCAACAUCGUUGGCAUACUCGUCGCAAUAUGCUGCAGUUACGGGUUUUACCUUUACUCCAGCAACAUAGGUGAUGUGGCACUCUGGUGGUCCAAAGAGGCAGUCUGCAAAAUCCCAAGCUAUAAGACUCAGAUUGUGUCGGAAGACCCUUUGCUAGUCUAUAUCGAUAACUUCAUCAGUGAGGCAGAAGCGUCACAAUUACUUGACAUUGGAUUAUCAACUGGAGCGAGUGGUGAAGCGUAUCGAUCAUCUCAGUCGGCAGGCCUGCCGCCGUCGGACCAUUCGGUCUCGUGUGUGGGAAGCCGUGCACUCUCUCUGAUGGCAUCCCUGACGGAGCCCUCCGACGACUUCGGUAUUCCUCAACUUGUGACGUAUAAACCGGGUCAGCAGUAUAAGCUCCAUUAUGACUGGUUUCAAGAGUCAAUGCGGUAUAAAGACGGCCGACUGUGCAAUCGUGUUGCCAGUAUCUUUGUAUUCUUGGAAGCCGACUGCACCGGAGGAGAAACAUAUUUCCCGCGCGUUACAUCCACGGCUUCGAGCUUGCUUGAUGACGGCAAAGCCAUUCAAAAUGGCUCGUUUGAGGGGAUUAUGUUUAAACCAAUUCCAGGGAAUGCGCUGUUCUGGAUCAAUCUUCCAGACAAUGGGAAGGGGGACGAGCGUGUUAUACAUGGAGGUCUACCGGUGCAUACCGGAACUAAAAGUGGGAUGAAUAUUUGGCCAUUGAAGUGUGAGCUAUAG